AUGUCCCAGUCUUUGACGGACCUGCGGCUGGCCGUGGAUGGCUUGGUCAAACCAGCCUCAGUGGAGGACCUGAGCGCCAAAGUCGCUGAGAUCCAGCAAGCCCUGGUCAGCCAGGAGAAGCGGGGCGAUCAGCGGGACGUUUCCCUUGAGGCUGCCUUCGAGGUCAGCCGGCACAGCUUUCGAUGCCUCAAUUAG